GUGCAUCGUAAAUAAUUUGACGUCCACUUAAUCGUUGUCGAGCAGCCAGCUAGGCACAUUACGCACAUCAAGUAGCUGUCGAGGGCUGCUACAUUCAUACUAACCGGCGUCUGUAGCUUGACUCCCUUAACAGAUGAUGGAUUGAUCAUGUUCAGAGACACUAACACGAGCAGUAAAUCAAGGAAGAUACCUAAAUUUUGAUUCAGACAUCAAUUUCACUGUUGAGUUAGUCCUCAAUUGUUUUAGUUUCUCUCUCUUACUAUGCAUCUGCGAGUGCCGCAUUCAAAACAGCGGUAGCCCUGAUUUCUCUCAUUCAAUCUACUUUAUGAACACGGAUUGGUAUCAAUCGUGCUCGUGUGCCAAAAGCGUGGCGUGCUGUAGAUUCGUGUGUCCUCAAGUCGCCCUUGGUAUUCAUUACAGGGCCGCGAUUGCAGAGCGGCACAUGGAUCUAAUCAACAAGAACAGAUGAAUCAAAGCACACACAAGCAAUAGUACACUACCCCAACGAAAAGAGCAGACAUCACACUUGUGCAGCACCAUACGAAGCACGUACAAGAAGACGAAUCAAGGAGGAAGAUUGCCGUGGAAAGCUCAGUCUAAGACGAAUUGCUGACCAUCAGACUUCUAAUAUCCUCCGAAAAUCACUGCACCUGGGAUACUAAUCGCGUCCAUGUACCGAGCGUGCGUAUACCCCCGAGAUCCGCGCGGCCGAAUAUCUUAGAACACUAAGCCUGACCCUUUGCUGCAGAAGUCGAUAUUUUUCGUCUGCCGUAGCCCAGCACCGUUCGUUGCGGUCGUUGGCACAACUCCACCUUGUGCCGGAAAAUCUACAACGGCUCCUUCAUUGUGUGAGCAGUAGGCUUUCAACAGCCGAGUCGACGCUUACUAUCUACCUUCGUCGUCGUUAAUCCACUUCAAAACAGCGAAGAUGGGGGGCGGCGUGUCAACGGGUCCCAAGCACUUCCCGUUGUACUUGAGUUUGAGUACCAAUAAGAUGGAUGAGGAUAGAGCAAGCUAUGAAAAACUUUUUCCGGUCUGGUGCAUUGCCCUCUGUCCAAACGGGAAGCAGCUGGCUUCAGCAAGUAGCGACAACAAAAUCCAUCUGUGGUGCCUCAUGACGUACUCCUUUUUCUACUUCGUGAUCCUAUCAUACAACACGCAAAACUAUAUGCACUCAGACGAAAGAGAUGUGAUGUUGAACAGUUCCACCCUGCUACAACGGAAGCUAUUGCAUCAGCGCAAUACUAGGACGUCAUGAAAACUCUUUUCCCAAUGCCCAACCUCAGAUACCAACUGCUGAUAUCACUGACGGGACACGGAGACACGAUUUGGAGCGUGCAGUAUUCACCCGAUUGUCAAGUCUUAGCAUCAGCAUCGUCCGACGGAACAAUACGUCUCUGGGAAGUGGAUACAGGAUUUCCAAUAAGUACUGAGUAACUUCUUCCAUCUUCACUUCUAUUUUGUUUUUGUGUGCGAUCAAACGACGUCCUACACGGGCGGCAAACCCUUCCCCCAAGAACGUCCUUCUAGGGGCGAUCUGCCGGAGUGGUGUUGUCACCUUGCGUGGCGGCGAAGCCGAGGCAUCCUAUCCUAUCCUAUCCUCUCCUAUCAGAAUAGCUUCUUCACUCUGGAGCAUCUUGGUCUUUGCGUGUAUAUACAAGAAUAGCUUCUUCACUCUGGAGCAUCUUGGUCUUUGCGUGUAUAAACAAGAAUAGCUUCUUCACUCUGGAGCAUCUUGGCUUUUGCGUGUAUAAACAAGAAUAGCUUUUUCACUCUCGAGCAUCUUGGUCUUACAAGAAUAGGUUCUUCACUCCCGAGCAUCUUGGUCAAAAUCAAACAAGAAUAGCUUCUUCACUCCCGAGCAUCUUGGUCUUUGCGUGUAUGAAAUAGCUUCUUCACUCUGGAGCAUCUUGGUCAAAAUCAAAGAAGAAUAGCUUCUUCACUCUGGAGCAUCUUUUCUGACGCAUACUUAGUCUGACAAGAAUUGCAAAACUUGAAUAUUGCGAUGAACGGCUUUACCAAUUACCUGAUACAUCACUCACAGGUAUUUUGCGAGCACACGCAAAUUGGGUGUGGACAUUGCAGUUUGCGCCAAACUCACAGAAUUUCGCAUCGGCGGGUGCGGAUACACGUAUAUUCUUGUGGGAUGUGGAUCAGAACGUGCCAUUGCUAGGAAAGUCAGCACAUAGUAAGUCUGUCCAGGCGUUGGCGUUUGCACCUACGGAUGGACGCAAAAUGGUCACCGUUGGGGCGGACAGCAUGGUCAACGUUUGGCACAUAAAUUGGGAGAUACCAACGUACUACAAAUGAUUUUCAUCCGAUGCAGAUAACCAAGGCUAUAUCUAAAGAUCACGUUACAACUGGGGCACAACCUAUAAUUAUACUAUCUAGAGGAUAACUAAGGCUAGGAAAUGAUGUUGCACCGUGCAGUAGUAGAAUGUCGAGGUGUCAUAUGAUGCUGUACAGUAAAAAAGAUUCCCGAAUGUAUUUUUCAGGUGCGACAUCCGAGCGCGGUUAGAAGGACAUUUGGGCGUGGUAAAUUCAGUGGCGAUUUCGCCUCUGAAUGACACGUUUGUGGUCACAGUUGGGGAGGAUUGUGUUGCGCGCCUAUGGAACUUGAAGGAUCUAACGAAGGAAACCGCUCGCGACUCACUAGAUAGGCCUCGAGGAUACAACUUAGAACACCACCAGCUCACCGGGCACAAGGAAGCGAUUUACAAGGUACUUAAGUACUCUUAGUGCACAUUCUUGAUUCAAGCGUUUUCUACCCUCCGUCUGUUUAUAUGCAUUCUCAACCAAUAUAUACAUAGUUGGAGGUUUGUUUCAUUGACAAGCACUCUCCUUUCUCACUCUCUCCAUUCUCUACGUUCUCUCCAUUCUCUCCAUUGACAACAAGCACUCUCCUUAGUUUCUCACUGUCUCGAUUCUCUCCUCCAGGUGGCUUUCAGUCAGUGCGGGCGAAUCUUUGCGACUGUCGCUCGUGACAGCACUGUGCGAGUGUGGAGUGUGGCGCCUUCGAGAGCAGCAUUUAAGGCGUCUCUGUUACACGCUUUUAGAGCGCACGAAGCAUGGGUCCGCGACUGUGUUUUCAGCAAAGACAAUAUGAUCUUGUACACGUGCAGUACUGAUGGAUUAGUAUCAAUGUGGAAGGUGCCGAAAAAAUUUCACAUCAGGUUGGAGGAGGACUAGUCGUGGAGUACAACUAAGAAGAAAUCAGGUUUCGAAUUUGAUAUCUUCUGCGGUAAAAUAGCCAAGCACGUAAUGCACGAACACAAAGUGACUUCUCUCUGCAUGAAUUGAAGCUGGCAUGAUCCUCGAGAAAUCGUGGACAGUGUAGGCUUGGUUUGCGAAUGACCCCACUCUGAUAGAAACGCAUUUUAGCGCGUUCCCCCAGAAAGAUGUAGACACCCCGCUGGAGCUAAAAAAGCGUCAAGACGCUAAACUGUUUUGCGACUUGCCGUGAUAAGCAGCAAAUGAGUUCUUAUCCUGUUGAAAGGAAAGAUUCUGGUUCCUGAAGUCCUCUAUUGAGAAGUAAAAGAAUUCAAUGUCGGUCGCUGAGGACCUGCGCCUGAUCAGCCUAUGAUCGAAUAGCAAUGUUGAAAGUCUGGAGGUGAAAGCAAAAUAGAACUCGAUUUGGUUGUUUCGGAAUAGAAGUUCCUGCAUGUUGGGUAGAUGUACAUUAUCCGAUCCUCGGACGAUAAUUCACAUGAUCGGCUGUUGAGAAUGGUUU